AUGAAUAUAGAAGAAAAUACACCACAAUCCACAUGUCAAGGGUGUUUAAGAGUUCUGAGAAGUUUUUUACCAGUGAACUUUAAAACAGAAAUAGUAAACUUGUGUUUUCUUGCUCUGCCUGUGUUUUUGUCCUAUCUGUCCGAGUAUUUAUUAGGUUUUGUAAGCACUGUGUUCUGCGGUCACCUGGGUAGAAUAGAACUUGAUGGUGUUACUCUUGCCACAUCUGUCAUCAAUGUUAUGGGGAUUGGCAUUGGCCAUGGAUUGGCAGCAGCUUGUGACACGCUCAUUUCUCAGGCAUUUGGAAGUGGCAACUUACGUCAAGUUGGUGUUGUAACACAGAGAGCGAUUCUGAUUCUAUUACUCGCGUGUCUGCCAUGCUGCGCCCUGCUUAUCAAUACAGAGUCCAUAUUACUGCUUGUGGGGCAAAGCCCAGAGGUUGCCAAGGUCUCUCAGCUCUACGUGAACAUAUUUUUGCCUGGUCUUCCGGCUUCAUUUAUGUACAUUACUGAAGCCAAAUAUCUACAGAAUCAGGGAAUAGUAUGGCCCCUGGUCAUUACUGGGGUGGCAGCAAAUGCUCUUAAUGUGGUCAUCAACUAUGUUCUCCUCUUUGUCCUGGAUUUUGGAGUUGCAGGAUCAGCAGCUGCCAACAGCAUCUCACAGUAUGCUCUGGCUGUCUCAUUGCUCGUGUACAUCCGCUGGAAAGGUCUCUAUAAGGACACCUGGGCAGGCUGGUCGAUGGACUGUUUAAAGGGGUGGGAGUCUUUUAUCCAUCUGGCUAUUCCAAGUAUGCUUAUGCUUUGUGCAGAAUGGUGGACUUAUGAAAUUGGAGGACUUCUGUCAGGUCUGAUAAGUGAAGUGGAGCUUGGAGCUCAGUCAGUUGUCUAUGGACUUGCAAAUAUUGCAUACAUGUUUCCAUUAGGUUUCAGUGUAGCAGGCAGUGUGAGAGUGGGAAAUGCCAUAGGAGCAGGAGAUGUUGCCCAAGCCAAGAUCUCUGCCAAACUCUCUCUGAUUUGUGCAGUUUCUGUUGCAGUGGUUUUGGCAACCAUCAUUGGUUCUACAAAGGAUGUAGUUGCUUACAUCUUCACAAAUGAUGAAGACAUUAUAAUGAGGGUUGCCACAGUAAUGUAUUUUUAUGCUCCUUUCCAUCUUCUUGAUGCAACAGCGGCAGCAGGUGGCAGUAUAGUAAGAGGUUUAGGCAGGCAGAAGAUCGGCGCAAUCUGCAACCUCUUAGGAUACUACGGCGUUGGGUUUCCUAUUGGAAUAUCCUUGAUGUUUGCUGCUAAAUUGGGAAUUGUAGGUCUGUGGACUGGCCUGUUAAUAUCAGUCCUUCUUCAGGCAGUUUUCCUUAUUGUCCUCAUCUUCAAACUGGACUGGGAAAAAGCCUCACAAGAGGCACAGAUCAGGGCUGGUGUGCAGACAAGACAGACGGAUAUUGGUGCACAAGAAGAGAGUAUUAAUACUGAGAACUAUGGUGAGAACACUGCUACAGAUGUGGACAGGCUAGUCGCGGAGCCUAAUGUGGAGCUGACGUCAGGGAUGUUGCUGCGUAGGGGACUGGCUCUGGCAGCUAUGCUUGCUUUACUUGCUGCUGGUCUCAUGACUAAUGUCUUUCUAAGCAGUUGA